GCUGUAAUCCUUUGAACAAUGUUACCAUAGAAAUCAUAAGGGCAUCUGUCAAAUGUAAAUAUUAUGACAAAGAUAAUCUGAAGAGGUGGCUCAAAGAAAUUGACUGAAAUGGAGAAACUGCACCUGGAAGAGAAGGCAUCACUGGAAGAGAACCAAACCUGCACAAACCCAGGCGGACAUGAAGAUAAAGCCUCAGUUGGUCCCAGCGAUGGACAGCAGGUUCAGCCCACCCAGAGGCUGCAGAAAAAACACCGUUGUGACAAGUGUCUGAAACAUUUCAGAUUGAAGUAUCUGAAAAUUCAUCAACGCAUUCACACUGGAGAGAAGCGCUAUCUCUGUGACCAGUGUGGAAAGUCUUUCAUUCACAAGAGUAAUUUUAACACUCAUCUGCGAAUCCACACUGGUGAAAAGCCUUAUAGCUGCAGUCAGUGUGAGAAGAGAUUCAAACAAUCCACAGCUCUGAAGUGUCAUCAACAAAUCCACACUGGUGAAAAGCCUUAUAGCUGUAGUCAGUGUGAGAAGAGAUUCAAACGUUACUCAAAUCUGAAGCGUCAUCAGCGAAUCCACACUGGUGAAGAGCCUUAUAGUUGUAGUCAGUGUGAGAAGAGAUUCAAACAAUCCUCAGCUCUGAAGCGUCAUCAGCGAAUCCACACUGGUGAAAAGCCUUAUAGCUGUAGUCAGUGUGAGAAGAGAUUCAAACGUUACUCAAAUCUGAAGCGUCAUCAGCGAAUCCACACUGGUGAAGAGCCUUAUAGUUGUAGUCAGUGUGAGAAGAGAUUCAAAAAAUCCUCAGCUCUGAAGUGUCAUCAGCGAAUCCACACUGGUGAAAAGCCUUAUAGCUGUAGUCAGUGUGAGAAGAGGUUCAAACGUUACUCAAAUCUGAAGCGUCAUCAACGAAUCCACACUGGUGAAGAGCCUUAUAGCUGCAGUCACUGUGAGAAGAGAUUCAAACGUUCCUCACAUCUGAAGCGUCAUCAGCGAAUCCACACUGGAUAAAAAGCCUGAUCCACGUAAGACAGCAGCAACAUCUGGAAUGUGAGGGAACUUCUUUCUCUCCUCCUGUCUUCUAUCACUAUGGCGACAACAGUCGGUGCUGUCAGUAACAUCUAUAUCAAUAAUAAUAACAAGCAUGCAAAUAAA